CCCGUCUGUGAGGAUUAUGGUACACUGGAUUACCUAAUCCGUGACGCAGCAGAAAACAAACCAGUGCGCUAACGUUAUCUGCGCGGUGAGCAUUGAUAUCGGGAGGAGUGAGGACAAACACUGGCAAGCAUGUUGCGUUUGCCUGUGAGCCGGAGUCUCUCAGGAGUAGCUCUUACUAAAUCAAGUGCGGCUGUCACUAAUAAUGCACGCUCUGCAGCCACAGCAUCACCAGCAGCAGCAGCCAGUAACCUUUUAGAGGUGUUUGUGGAUGGGAAGCCUGUUAUGGUGGAGCCAGGGACCACAGUGUUGCAGGCAUGUGAGAAGGUGGGAAUGCAGAUUCCCCGCUUCUGCUAUCAUGAGCGGCUGUCUGUUGCUGGGAACUGUCGGAUGUGCCUGGUGGAGAUAGAGAAAGUCCCCAAGCCGGUGGCAGCAUGUGCCAUGCCUGUGAUGAAAGGGUGGAACAUCCUAACCAACUCUGACAAAACAAGAAAGGCCAGAGAGGGCGUGAUGGAGUUCCUUCUGGCUAAUCACCCAUUAGAUUGUCCAAUUUGUGACCAGGGCGGAGAGUGUGAUCUCCAGGACCAGUCCAUGCAGUUUGGCAGCGACAGGAGCCGCUUCACAGAGGGCAAAAGAGCUGUGGAAGACAAGAACAUUGGUCCUCUUAUCAAAACCAUUAUGACUCGCUGUAUCCAGUGCACUCGCUGUGUGCGUUUUGCCAGUGAGAUUGCAGGUGUAGAGGACCUGGGCACCACUGGCAGAGGCAAUGACUUGCAGAUUGGGACCUAUGUAGAGAAGAUGUUCAUGUCGGAGUUGUCUGGAAAUGUGAUUGACAUAUGUCCAGUGGGGGCUCUGACAUCAAAACCAUAUGCUUUCACUGCUCGCCCAUGGGAGACCAGGAAGACCGAAUCCAUUGAUGUUCUUGAUGCUGUGGGUAGUAACAUCGUGGUGAGCACACGUGGUGGUGAGGUGAUGAGAAUUCUGCCUCGUCUAAAUGAGGAUAUUAAUGAGGAGUGGAUCUCAGACAAAACCAGGUUUGCUUAUGAUGGACUCAAGCGGCAGAGGCUCACUCAGCCAAUGGUGAAGAAUGAGUCUGGGCAGUUGGUAGUCACUACCUGGGAAGAUGUGCUGACUCGAGUUGCCGGAGCUUUGCAAGGAGUUCAAGGAAAUGAGGUAGCUGCUGUUGUCGGAGGCUUGGCAGAUGCAGAGGCUCUCAUUGCCUUGAAAGACAUGCUGAACCGUUUGAACAGUGACAAUCUGUGCACUGAAGAGCUGUUCCCCAUGGCCGGGGCUGGAUCUGACCUGCGUUCAAACUACCUACUGAACACUGGGAUUGCUGGCAUUGAAGAGGCAGACCUGCUGCUUCUGGUUGGCACCAACCCACGCUAUGAGGCUCCUUUGUUUAAUGCACGAAUCAGAAAAAGCUGGCUUCACAAUGAGCUGCAAGUGGCUCUAGUGGGACGAGAGGUGGACCUAAGCUAUACUUAUGACCAUCUCGGGGAGUCUGCCCAGGUUCUUCAAGAAAUUGCAUCUGGAACACACCCUUUCUCCCAGGUCUUGGCUAAAGCGAAGCACCCCGUGAUUGUGGUUGGCAGUAGUGCCCUGCAGAGAGAGGAUGGGGCUGCAAUAAUGGCUGCAGUGUCAACCAUUGCUCAAAAUGCUCGGGUCAGCAGUGGCGUGGAGGAAGGCUGGAAGGUUCUCAACGUGCUGCACAGAGUUGCCAGUCAAGUGGCUGCACUUGAUCUUGGGUACAAGCCAGGGGUUGAGGCUGUCAGGAAGAAUCCACCCAAAAUUUUGUUCCUGUUAGGCGCUGAUGCUGGCUGUAUCACUCGCCAAGACCUCCCUCAGGAUAGCAUUAUCAUUUAUCAAGGUCACCACGGGGAUGUUGGUGCCACAAUGGCUGACAUCAUACUUCCUGGAGCUGCAUACACAGAGAAAUGCAGCACCUAUGUGAACACAGAGGGUCGUGCCCAGCAGACCAGGGUGGCUGUGACUGCUCCAGGCAUGGCCAGGGAGGACUGGAAGAUCAUCAGAGCCAUAUCUGAGCUUGCUGGAGUGACUCUGCCCUAUGACACCCUUGAUGAAGUCCGUGAUAGACUGGCAGAGGUUUCCCCAAACCUGGUGCGGUAUGAUGAUGUUGAGGAGGCCAACUACUUUAAGCAGGCUAAUGAGCUGUCUAAGACAGUGAACCAGGCUGUCUUCACUGAACCUUUGGUCCCUCCACAGCUCACUGUGAAAGACUUCUAUAUGACAGAUCCAAUAAGCAGAGCCUCUCAGACAAUGGCGAAGUGUGUGAAGGCAGUCACAGAGGGAGCACAAGCUGUGGACGAGCCAGCCAUAUGCUAAAGCUCAGUGGAUAGCCGCCCGAUUCUUGCGCACAGAUUGAUACGCACAAUUCCUAUAUUUGCACUUUCACUGAAACAUAUUUAUUUGCAGUAGAUUUUUAUUAAGUGGAUAAUGUCCCCUGCUAUGCACAUGAUUAAACUAACAUAGCAACCUGCAGAAAGAUGUCUAUGCAGUUACAGAAUCAAGCAGAUGUGAACUUUAUCAGCUGUAAUACCCUCACAGAAAUGUGUGUGACAGUUUAAUGUAUGUUCACCUGAUACAGUUACAGUCAUAUUCCAGUAGAUCAGGGGUGUGGAGCCACGUGCCAUGGAGGGCCAAGAGGCUGCGGUUUUUCAUCCCAACCAAAAACUCCACCCGGUGAUUUCAUUGAUCACCUCACCUACAAGCAGAGAGGAGGAACUAGUCAGUGCAAUCACCUGGUGGAGUUUUUGGUUGGGCUGAAAACCUGGAGCCUCUUGGCCCUCCGUGGCACAUGGUUCGACACACCUGCAGUAGAUGUAUGUGAUCAGAUUUCAUAAAUCCUUGUGUUCCUGAGCUAACAGCAGUAUUUUGUCCUCUUCUCAUGUGUUGUGUCUCUACCUAUGUGAAAAAUGUAAAGACUAUGUUUUCCCCAUAGAGCACUGGUCCUCAUAGCUAUUUUUAAGUAUGAUAUUUAAUAAACCUAUUUUCUGUAGCAAAUCUA